UAAACAUCAGAAGAAGUAGUUGUUUGUGUGCGCGCGGGUUGAGUGUGGUGUAGAUAGGAGCGUUGUGUUUAUAAUUAUUUGUCAUUUUUAAUCCGCGACAGAAAUUGUAAAUAUUUUGGUGUGUAAUUUCAACGGUGGGGCUUAAAAAUAGUUAUUGUUUUAAAGUAGAGGAGUGUUUUAAAAGAAAGAAGACUUAGCAUCUGGUUUGCUAGCGUUGUGUUUACACAACAAAGGUAAGGAGAAACAGGUAGAGAGAGGGAUAUAAAGGUAGAAAAGGGGGGAUGGGGAGAGAGAGUGGUAUAGAGGAAGAAAGGGAUAGAUAGAUAGAUAGAUAGAUAGAUAGAUAGAUAGAUAGAUAGAUAGAUAGAUAGAUAGAUGGAACUUUUCAUUCAUUGCAUAGUCUGAAAUUCAGUUGUCGAGUACUGAAAAAUAGAAAGAGGGGGAACAGUGAAAGAAAGUGAUAAAGGACAACAGAGAUUUUUUUUUUAACUGCUUGAUUUUAUUUGAAUACAAAUGGACCGACCAUCGAGGCAAAAGAAAGUCAUCAAUUACUUUGAAUUGGAUAAUGAUGGUGGUAAGGACUUUGCCACUCCGAAAAGAAAAGCUCGGGCUUCUCAGAAGGAACGUCCAGAGACCGAAACCAGUAAAAAUGGAAUCGUCGAUUCACCAACAAAAGUGGAGGACAAGAGGGAGCCUGCGAAUAAAAAGCUCCGUAAGCGAGAUUUAGAGGCUGCUCUCAUUCUGUCUCAGAUCCAGUCUACAGUAAACUCCGUAGAGACGCUCGGGAGUAGUCAAGAUGAAACUCCGCCCUGCAACACUGAAGACACGCCCCCUGUGGUGACAAACUAUAGCGUGGAAGACAACGGCAUGGACGAUAAUUUAUUGGCGCUUGUUCAAAGCAGCGACGAGGAAAAUAUUUUUGAGAAAAGCGACAACAGCGACGAAGGAGAUCUGCUUAUGGAUGAAACAACAUAUAGCAGUUAUUCAGCUGAAUCCUCUGAUGAGGACUUUCUUUCAAGCACCAGCCAACAACCGGAAAAAAGGUUCAAGCAGUCGGCUUCUCCAAAACCACGUGUUUCAGCUCUGAAUCGGGUCCGUCAACCAUUAAGAGGGAAAGGCAAAAAGAGAGGCAGAAAAGCCAAGUCUUUCCCGGAUGUUUCCCCUAAUACACCUGAAGAGAUAUGGAAUAAAUCUACGGAUGAGGAUAUUACACCACAGCCUCCAGCCUUCAACCCGUCCAGAACACCAGGCCCACAGCUUAACCCCACAGCAUCAUACACUGUGCUGCAGCUGUUCCAGCUGUUCCUCUCUACUUCAGUGCUGCAGACAAUUUUGAUAAACACUAAUGCUUAUGGAGAGAAGAUGUACAAAGGCCCAAAACAGUGGAAGGAUCUUUCUAUGAAUGACUUAUAUUCUUACCUGCUGCUCGUGAUCUUCAUGGGUCUGGUGAAAGUGCGUUCGCUAAAGGAUUACUGGAGGAAAUCAGACACCUUUAAAAUUCCCUUUCCUGAACAAAUAAUGUCUUCAAGGAAAUUCUUCACCAUCUCCUCUGCACUGCAUCUCAGUGAUCCUGAAGUGGACGCUGAAAACAACCAAAAAAGAGGAACAGCUGCGUAUGACCGCCUCUGCAAGAUCAAGCCCAUGUAUCUCCAGAUGAGAGACGCAUGUAAAAACUAUUUUCAUCCCUUCCAGAACAUCGCCAUCGACGAGAGGAUGGUGGCAACGAAAGCUAGAAAUGGCCUAAAACAAUAUAUAAAAGGCAACCCAACAAAGUGGGGAUAUAAACUCUUUGUGCUGGGGGACUCGCACUGUGGGUACACAUGGGAUUUCUUUAUCUACGAGGGAAAAUCUCCCGAAAUAUCCAGCCCACAGAACCAUGGACUGAGCUACAAGUCUGUCAUGGCACUUAUUGAUGAGAAGAUGUUGGGCACUGGUUACAAACUGUUUGUCGACAACUUUUACACGAGUCCAGCCUUGUUCCAAGAUCUCCUAAAGAAAGACAUCUUCGGUUGCGGUGCUAUUCGGUCCAACUGCAUAGGCUACCCCAAAACCAUCACCAACAAGCUUCCGAAUAAAGCUCCCCGAGGCACUCAUCGCUGGCUGAGAGAGGGGAACUUGCUGUUCGUGGAAUGGAAGGAUACCAGGGUGGUCUACAUGUGCUCCACCUUUCACAAAGGCACUGAAAGUAGCACCGUGCAGAGGAAGGUGAAAGGUAAAGCCGGACAGUGGAAAAACUUGGAUUUACCAGUUCCAGAGUGUGUUGUAGAAUACAACAGGUACAUGGGCGGAGUCGACUUAUCAGACGCCCUCAUCGGCUAUUACACAGUCUUACACAAGACAAGAAAGUGGUACCAAACCUUUUUUUACCACUUUGUGGACAUAGCCAUCGUAAACGCCUUCAUCCUACAUCAGGAAACGGCCUGCGCCAAGAACCAGAAGCCGAUGACGCAGAAGCAGUUCCGAGAAAAACUCAUCGAGGAACUCGGUGCGUUAGUGCUUUCUAACCUUCCUCCAUCUCGUCCAUCCCUUCCUGAGAAAACACGCCAUUUACCGGGGAACUUUGCUUCAGACAGCAGCAAAGGAAGGCGAACGUGCAAAGUGUGUGGCCAAAGAACCCCUGUAUACUGCAAGACUUGUUUAGUGCCAUUAUGCUUUCAGCCAAAGCGUGACUGCUUCUCUGCUUGGCACGAGCUGCACUGAACUGUUUAAUCCAAUUCAGGGGUCACUUUAGACGUCGGACUUCUCAUCUGAAGGACGUGAGCUCAAAUCCCAGCACCACUAAACUUUCCAAUGUUGGGCCUUUGAGCACGGCCCUUGAACACGGUAUAAAUCAAAUCAUAUGGAUAAGAGCAUCUGCCAAAUGCUGUAAAUGUAAAUAGUUAAGCCUACCUUUAAAAAAAAAAAAAAGCAUGCACACCGACUGCAAAGACCUUUAAAAAACUAAGUCAAGUGAAAUAUAUAUAUUGUGUUGUACUAACAAACGUUUGUGUUGUUUACUUACAUGAGUUUCGGUAACUUGUUACUGAAGAUGUACACUUGACUUAGUAUAUACUCAAUGACUAUCAUAUCAAAACCUGAAUCGUUUAAAUGAAAUGUGUUUGUGUAUAUUCUAAACUACUGAUUUUUUUUUAUUAAAACCGAUCGCAUUUUUUUAAAAA